AUGUCCAGCAAGCAGUAUAAAAAUUUUUCACCACAAGCUGUCGAUCUGCUCAUCCACGUGAUAAAUAUGACAUUGAACAAAGCUGAACAGUUAUCUCGACGCAAUCAACUACCGACUGAAAAUCCAAAAACAUACGAGAGUUUCGAAGUGAUGGAUGCUAAUAAGUCAUUAUCUGAAAAUGCAUCGGUUUUAAAGUCUAAAUUUCCAAGAAUCAAUUCCUCAGUGAAUGAAGCACAGCCAGUUGUUGAGCAUAGCGUUGGUGUGGAUGUGCUUUCCACAGAUAUCACAGCUGGAGGAGAGGACAGAAUUUGCUACGAACCUAUCAAAGUUGAAAUUUUGAAAGAAUGUCCAAGUGCCACAUUUACCUAUAUGAUGAGAGCGCGAAAGAAUGCCAAAGAUAUUUAUAUUCCUACAAAGAUCGUUGUAACUCAUUUACAUCAACCAGGUAUUGAUAUUAGUUUUCAUAUGGACACAAAGCUCUAUCCUGAACUUCCAUCACUCCAUCUUCACAUCUUUUGUCCUAAUUAUGUGCCAAAACAAGUAUGGAUCAAUGGAAAAGAAUACAUUCAUGAUGAUUGCUAUCACUGCCAUACAUACAGAGAAACUUAA